GAUGGCUCAAAGCUCCAAGAAUCCUUCCUCGAGGUAUCUUUGGAGAUCGUCUGGGCGGGUGAUUGAUUGUAAUGACGUCCGUCGUCAACCCAUCAGUCAAAAAAACGGAGCCGAAAAAUGUCCAGACGAAUCCGAGCUAAACACAUGACGCGCCCACGGUCUGUCCGAUCUUUACUUCUGAUGGCGAUGAUGAUGGAGACCCAUUAGAACCUUGCAGAAGACGACACCUUUCUCUCUCUCUCUCUCUACCCUGCGGGUCUUGUCUUCCUCUCAUUGGCUUCGAUUCAAAGCCGCUUCGGCGCUUCCGGCUUUUCUCGUCUCGUACCAAGGUGGGUCGGUUUCGGUGGUUGCCCAUUCUCUGCCACGCACCCCCAUUUCGGAAUUUCUCCUCUCUCUCUCUCUCUCGCUCUCUGCCGACCGCCCUGAGUGAUUUAGUUCGCAUCAGAUGGUGGUGGAGACUAGAAGAAGAAGUGGCAGCGAUGGCAGCAGCACCGAGCUGGUUCGGAAAGUAGUACUAGGAAUAGGAUACUGUAUUCAGGGGCUGAGGUGCUUCCCAUGGAUGGCUGUCAACUUCUUCCUCAAGGAUGGCCUCAAUGUGGAACCCUCCACCCUCCAGAUCCUCCAGAACGCGGCCAACCUUCCCAUGGUCGCCAAGCCUCUCUAUGGGGUGGUGUCCGACGCAUUUUAUGUUAAGGGCCAACACCGCCUGCCCUACAUUGCUCUCGGAGCAUUCUUGCAAGCAGUGUCUUGGCUAGCCAUAGCAAUUCUCUCCCCAUCAAGUAUAACAAUCCUCUCGAUUUAUCUCCUCCUAAGUAAUCUUGGCGCUUCAAUCGCAGAGGUAGCAAAUGAUGCCAUUGUCGCAGAGGUAGGCAAACAGCCUGCUUCAUCUUCGAAGAAGAAUAGGUCGUCUUCGUCCGGUGACCUCCCAUCAUUUGUUUGGAUGGCUUCCUCUUUCGGCGGUGUCCUUGGGAACCUUCUGGUUGGUGUUGCUAUCGGGAGAAUGUCUCCGCAGAUGAUGUUUCUGUUUUUUGGCCUUCUCCUCGCAGCGCAGUUUAUUGUUACAAUCAGUGUCCAUGAAAGCGCUCUUGACCUCCCCAAAACUGUGACGAAAGCAGGGAUUGGGAAGCAACUUUCUGAUCUCUUAUCUGCCCUUAAAAGACCCGAGAUUGCUAAUUCCAUAAUCUGGCUUGCAGCAUCCUAUGCAGUUAUUCCAGCUCUCACUGGGACCAUGUUCUUCUACCAAACAGAGUAUCUCAAGAUCGACACAUCGGUAUUGGGGAUAUCAAAAGUGUUUGGCCAAGUGGCAAUGCUUCUGUGGGGUAUGGUUUAUAAUCGUCAUCUGAAGUCAGUCCCACCAAGGAAACUGAUUUCUGCAAUUCAGGUUAUGAUGGCCCUGUUCAUGGUUUCAGAUAUUCUCUUUGUCAAAGGUGUCUACAAAACAAUGGGAGUUCCGGAUUCGUUGUAUGUAGUCAUCUUUUCGGGGGUCAUGGAAGUUCUCUUCUUCUUCAAAAUUCUACCCUUCAGUGUCCUAAUGGCGCAACUCUGUCCACUGGGGUGUGAAGGAUCUUUAAUAGCUUUUGUCAUGUCGGCCAUUGCCUUAGCAUUUAUAAUCAGUGGAUUCCUUGGUGUUGCGCUUGCAUCAUCUGUUGGUGUCACAGGAGAUGAUUUUUCAGGACUUCCACUGGGUCUUGCAAUACAAGCGGUUUGCACGCUGUUGCCGCUAUUUCAAUCAUCAUGGAUCCAUGAUGCCACAAGAUCCAAAACCAGGAGUAAGGGGGAGUAGUUACUAUAGUAGUGAUGCUUCAUCACUUUAAUUCUUUUGUAUGAUUCAAUUAGGUAUCUAUCAAUAAACCGACACGUAGAAUUAUACAGGUGGUAGAAACUGUGAGCUGUCGUUGUAGCUAGGUGUAUCUUUGAAAUAGUCCUGCUGAAGCUGCUGUCAUCUCCUUCAAAGGUUUGCAAGAUCCCUGUUUCCAACAAAGGAGUGAAAGAUCUCUCUAUCCAAUGUCCUCGACACGAUCAUUUAUUCAGCCCUUAAUCGUAUAGAACCUAGUACUGAUGCAACUAUUCUUUUGUUGAAGAACUGUGUAUGUGAUCUGGCAAUUGUGGAGCUGGAUUGAGUUCUGGUUGACGGUGCCUGGCCUCUUAUACAUUUUUAAAGUGUUGGUUGACACCUACCUCCAGAAAUCUCACGACCGACAAAAUUUUGGUCA